CUCCGGGUCCUGAAGUUCUGCUAGGAUGGGCAUCUCCACAGUCCUUCCGUCCCAGCCCCCGCUGCAGGUGAAAACCCUGCAGAAGCAGGUGCUGGAAGUCCUGGGUGCCUACCAGUAUGUGCUGACUUUCAUCUUCAUGGGCCUGUUCUUCACCCUUCUUGUCUUCUAUCUCCUCUUCACAUCGCUCUGGUCCUUCUCAGUCCUCUACUUGGUGUGGCUCUACCUGGACUGGGACACACCCAACCGAGGUGGAAGGCGCUGCCUGUGGAUGAGGAACUGGACUGUUUGGAAACACCAGAGAGAUUAUUUUCCAAUCAAGCUAGUGAAAACAGCCGAGCUGCCCCCAGACCGGAACUAUGUGCUGGGUUCCCACCCACAUGGGAUCAUGGGUACGGGGAUCUUCUGUAAUUUCUCCACCGACAGCAACGACUUCUCCCGGCUCUUUCCCGGGCUUCAACCCCGGAUAGCCGCACUGGCUGGCCUCUUCCGCCUUCCAGUCUUCCGAGAAUACAUCAUGUUCAAUGGAGUGUGUCCCGUGAGCCGCCAGAGCCUGGACUUCAUCCUCUCCCAGCCCCAGCCUGGGCAGGCGGUGGUCAUCCUGAUCGGGGGUGCCCAGGAGGCCCUGCAUGCAGUCCCAGGGGAGCACUGCGUCACACUCAGGAAGCGCAAAGGCUUUGUGCGCCUGGCCCUGAGGCAUGGGGCCUCCCUGGUCCCUGUGUAUUCCUUUGGGGAGAACGACAUCUUCAGACUGAAGGCCUUUGCCGCGGGCUCCUGGCAGCACCUGUGCCAGGUGACCUUCAAGAGGCUCGUGGGCUUUUCUCCCUGCAUCUUCUGGGGCCGCGGCCUCUUCUCGGCCAGCUCCUGGGGGCUGCUGCCCUUUGCUGUGCCCAUCACCACCGUGGUGGGCCAGCCCAUCCCCGUGCCCCAGUGCCCCAGCCCCACGGAGAAACAGGUGGACCACUACCACACGCUCUUCAUCGAGGCUCUGGAGCAGCUGUUUGAGGACCACAAGGGACGCUGUGGCGUCCCUGCGUCUACCCGGCUCACCGUCCUCUAGCCCUGGCCUUGGCCUCCCUGCUGAGCCCUGAGCCCAGGGCGAAGAUGCCUCCACCUCCCGCCAUGCUCUGUCCCCCAAUAAAUGUCA